AUGAGUACGCAAACAGUGUUCUUGGAGAAGCUCUCCUACCAGUUGGUGACCAGAGAGCGGUCUGGCUGCCUGAGAAUGUCUGACUGGAUCAACCAUAUUCGGUGUGGCUUAUCCUCUGUGCCCUGGGAGGGCUGCGCAGCAGGAGCAGCAGCGGCUUCCCCUUCUCCUACACCGGGCUACUGUCACCUCCUCUACCAAGGGCGUGGUGAAACCCAGGUGACCUGGCAUGGGGAGACAUACUGCCUGGUUGGUGGCUACCGGUCUUAUGGGGAUGCACCUGUGGCCACCCCAGAAAAGGUGGAAGCAGAGAAGCCAGUCCCCAGGCGGGCUCCGAAGAGACAUGCAACUUCAGCGUCAGACCAAGAGCUAGGCUGCCCCCCGCCCAAACUUCGGCGGCUGCAACAUCGUGGCAAGAGGCUGACCCCACAGAAGCUUGCUGGCCAUGCCACUUGUGUAAGGAGGGCACGGGUUUAA